ACACAGAGACAGAAACAGACGAUUGGGACUGAUCAGCGUCUAAUAAAUAUGUUUGUUCUUCAGCUGAUGUCGAGGUUUCUGCUCCUCCACCUGGCGAUGAGUUCAGGCAAGCACUCGUUGUGGGCGAUGCUCACCUACAUCUCAGGACCAACCCAGUUCCCGGAGUUCUCCGCAGUUCUGAUGCUGGAUGACAUCCAAGUGGGGUACUAUGACUCAGAGACCAACAGAGUGAUGAAGGUUGGUGCUGGAGGUGAGAAAGGGGAGGAGCUUGAUGUGGGACAAUUCGCCUUGAAUGGGAUGAAGAACGUCAUUAUGAGAAUGAAGAUCAGGUUGGGCCUAGUCAGAAAACAGCUGAACCUGACCUCUCCUGGCGUAUAUGUUCAACAGAGGAUGGGGGUUUGUGAGGUCCAGGAAGACGGUCAGCCUGAUUUCAUCAUGGUCAGGGAUGGUGCGAAUGGUCAUGAUGCCGACAGUGUGCAGUAUAACACGACUCACUUCCUGUACACCGGUGGUGACGGUUGGGAGUUCCAGUUGGACACCAUGAGGCAGAUGUAUAUGAAGACGCGUUUUUCAAACAUCUACCUUCCGUUCUGCAUCCAGACUCUACAACACCUGCUGGAGAGCAACAAGCACCUGGUGAUGCGUCGUGUUCAACCUCGACUACACCUCCUAUCACAGCCGGGAGGGGGCGGGGCCCAGAUCACCUGUCUAGCCACAGACUUCUACCCUCGCCACAUCAACCUGACGCUGCUGAGGGACGGUGAACCCGUGGACGAGGAGGAAAUGACCGUUGGCUCAGUGCUGCCCAACGGCAACGGUCUCUACCAGUUGAGGAUGGCGCUGAUGGUGGAUGAAGAGGAACUGCAGAGGAAGCACAAGUACACCUGUGCAGCGUCUCACCUGAGUCUGGACAACCGGCUGGAUGUGAGCUGGAGGGCGGAGUCUUUCCGCUCAUUCAGAGUCCACGUCAUCUCUGCUCCCGUCGUCCUGCUGGUUGCUGCCAUCCUGCUGCUGGUGCUGAUGAUGAAGAUGAGGAAGAGGAAGAGAUCAGGGUCAGUGGGCAUCGCCAUGGAAACAGAGGAGAGUCUCAGAGCCAGCACUGAGCCAGGGGUGGAGUACCGGGACGUGACUGCUUCACCAAAGCAGUUUUCAUCCAAAUAAACCCCGCCCCCAGUACAGAAUUGUGACAUGAAUCUCCUGACGAAGACGCCAAAAACGGAUGAUACAUUUAUUGUGAUGGAAAAUUUAGCCUUUGUCACUUGAUACAAAAAUCAAAUGUUUAAAAGGCAGAAAGGUUUUUAGAUUAGUUCAUCCUUCAUGCCUGAGAUAUGACAUGUCACAUAUUUAAUAUCUAAGUUAAAUUUAUUAUUUCUUUUGUACACCAAAAGUAACACUAUUCGACUGUUGCUAACUAUUGGGCCACGGCCCUUUGUUCAACAUGUAAAGACUUAAUGUCACUUCUGAGGCCUAGUUCUGAGGCCAGCCUUGUCAGUGUCAGCCAACACUGACACUGACACAAUAACGCACACACAUACACACAGUCACACAUGUAUAUAAUAUGAAGUUUGUGUUAAUGUUUAGUUAGUUGCAGUUUAUGUGUAGUUUAGGCAUCGGAAUUUAUCCCAAGUGUUAUGUCACUAUCUUUUUACACUUUUGUACAUAAAUUCUGAUUCCUUUGAAU